CAGCAGGCUAUUAGAGAGGCAAGGCACAAAAGAGUGUUAAAAGAAGACAGAAGUGGUUGGCACGUAAUUGUCAAAAUGCCAAAUGGUGAGCGCAUUAGCCGCUACAUCAAGAAGAAAUCAUGUUACCAGGUACAAGCUCAUGCUAAUUUCAAGUGUACAUAUCUCUGGGAAUAUUAUUUUUACAAUAUAGAAGAUACAGGUACUGUUACAUGUUACUCUGCCUCCUGGCAAAUCAGUCCACCAUGUACGUUGUGUGACCGUUAUUUCAACUUAAAAGAGAUGGAUUGUUUUAAUUGCCUUAAAAAAAACUUUCUAUUGUCAUAAAUUACUGAAAUACUUUUUUUUGUUUUUUUUUUAGGCAGUCUAUGACUGGGUUUGCUACCCGGAUGACCAACCCCUCUUUUUUACCCUGCAUGGAGUGGGAGGGGUGAAAAAACUAGACAAGCCUAUUGAAGGCCACUGUUUCCUCCACUUACAGGAGCGAGUGAGUGUAUUAAUAUUAAACAACGAAUCGAGACAAUCAUGAAAAGUGAAAUUACUAAUAUUUGUGGGAAGAUUAACUAGUCUGGACAACACUCAACCCUUUUAACAAGUUAACCACUUAUGUAUAUAUUGCUUGAGAUACAUGUAACAGUAAUCGCAGACAAAUAUCGUAAAUAUCCCAAGCCAAUGAUAUUACAGAGCCAUAUCCUGCGUCACAAUUGUAAUCAAACUGUGGUGUGUAACGCUAAUAAUUUGUUUAUCCUUCCUCCUUAUUUAUUUAACGAGUCGUUUACCAGAGAUGCGCGGAAAUUUCCCUUCGACCUGAAUGGCAAACUGACAAUAGCUUUUUUGAAAGUAACUCACCGUUUCAAAGAUACCCAAAUCCUGGUACACAGUAGGGGGCCAAGGAUAAGGGUUUUGGUGCUGUUUCACAGAUGGACUUGUUUAAAAUAGAAGAUCCAGGCUAAUAGGCCCGUAAGGCUUAACAAAUCCCACCCAGUGUAUCUAUCCCAUCUACAAUACUGUUCAGUACACAUUUCUUCACAUGAAAAAAUUAUUAUCAUUAUUAUCAAUUAAUAAAAUUUAAAAAAAGGUUUUUUUGCCCCAAUGGAGGACAUAAGCACUGUCAGACAGUGAAGAUGCGGGUGACAUUAAAUGCUUGAGGCAAGCCAAGUAAAGUAUCAUUAAAUGAUCUUCUGGUUCCUACAGAAAGAAAUAUUUCAGGUUUCUAACCCUUACACAAAAAUUAUGUAACAAUUAUGAACAGUCCAUGUCUUAACUAUAAGUGGUGUGAUUAUUAUCUUGUACAGGAAGAGGAAGAAAUGCCUUCACUCCUUGAUUCUGAGGUAACUAUUAUUGCUCUAAGGCCUAUAGAGUACAGCACCACUGUACUCAGAAAAGUCUCUGAAUUGUCUUCCCCUAUGCACGUUGACUGUUCGUUGGACAAAAAAUGUAAUAUUUAAAUUAAUAAUAAUAAUAGUAAUAGUAACGUAAUAUUAAUAGCAAAUUUGAAAUUUAGCAACUUGCUUUUCAUGAUUACAACAGUAUCAUGAUAUAUUAGAAAGCCUUCUAGUAUUGGUCCAAUUUAUGUUUAGAUUAAGAAACAUCACAUAGAAAUUAUGUGGUGUGUACAAUGGGCUGAUGUUGCAUCCUUGUUUUGCACAGGUUUCCUUGAGAGAAUCAUUGCCUAAGGGCACUGAGGAUUUGUCCUCGACCUUACCCGGUAAGACUUCCUAAGAUAACGUUUGUAUACGUGAUAUGAAGUGGUGACGUGGAAAUUAAUGAAAUCUUGCACAGGUUUCCUUGAGAGAAUCAUUGCCUAAGGGCACUGAGGAUUUGUCCUCGACCUUACCCGGUAAGACUUCCUAAGAUAACGUUUGUAUACGUGAUAUGAAGUGGUGACGUGGAAAUUAAUGAAAUCCUCAAGUCCCAUGCAUAAAAUGACUCGAACAGACUCCGUGAUAAAUUACAAAGUUCUUAGUGACCCAGCUUAGAGCUUGCGAAAAACAACACCUCUCAUUAAUUUAAAGCAAUCCUAGAUCAAUAAUAAACAGGUUGUCAAAAGAUGAAGAUUCAUAAAAGUCAUGAGCCAUCUAAUUUUCGUUUGAUAUUUCGUUUGGAGGUGAAUUUGGACAGUCUACUCAUGCACAUUAACUUUCUUUAUCAUUAUCUUACGUGUAUAUUAAAAAUUCUGGUUACUUGAUUUUCUUUGGAAUUUUUCUUAUAUUGUCUAUUUUAAUGAAUUUGUAGAUGAAAGAAAGGCUAAUGAUGCCAUGCGAGGUGUAGGUAUGGAAUUAAGUUAAUUCAACUUUCUGUAUACCUUCAGCUGUCAUUCCCACAGUACAACAAAACAAGUCAAACUAUUUUCCUCAACAUAACAACGUUUUUUGAAAUGCUAACGUUACCCAGUAAAGAAACUGAAUAUGUAGUUUUUGGUGCUAGUAAUUUUUUUUUGGUAUUAAGCAUCAAGGUCCAUCUGAGGCAAAGAGGCCAAAAGGGGAAGCAGAUGUUACAGAAAAAGGUACAGUACAUGUUACUGGGAAUUUGUUGCUAGAAUUUUUUUCUUUCUCUUACGUGCAAAAAAAAUGGCACAUUCGGUAGAAUAUUGUUUUUGUUUACGUUGUAGCUGGUUGUUGAUGAUCACAGUAUAAGUGCUUAGGCCACGAAAUAAACGAUUUCUCAAAAAAGAAAGAAAAAAUGAGUUUCUGUACUUCGUGCCUAGGAUUUCCUUCUUUCAUUCUUAAGAAUUCCAAUUUGAUGCACACCUACCAUACGCAGAAAGCUGGUUUGGAAACAACCCGUGCCUUGGCGGUUAAAUAUGGUGAUGUAAGAUUAAUUUUUUUAUUUUUCAUAGGGGAAAACAAUGAAAAAACAAAGAAGAGGGGAAAAAGGAGGAAGAAGGCAAAGAACGUAGUGGGCAAUGAUGGAAAAGAAUGA